GGGGCGGCGCCUCCAGAGCAGGGGCGGUAUUGGCCAGGCGGUGUCGUCAGGCUACGCUCCGACAGGCGGUGUUGUGGGUUCCACUUCCCGGAAGCGGUCUCCGGGCCCUGGCGGCGGGAUUGAGGUCCAUCUUUGUAACUACAAGAAGACCCUCUUGAACAAGAAUGCCAUCCUCUCUGGGUCCCCCAUGCCUGCCUCUCAUGGACCCUCAGACCACCUUCAAAGAGCCUGAGGCUGCACGCCUGCGCUUUCGGGGGUUCUGCUACCAGGAGGUGGCAGGUCCCCAAGAGGCCCUGACCCAGCUGAGAGAGCUGUGUUGCCAGUGGCUUCGUCCUGAUACCCACUCCAAGGAGCAGAUGGUGGAGCUGCUGGUGCUGGAGCAGUUUCUGGGCGUGCUGCCUCCUGAGAUCCAGGCAUGGGUUCGAGGUCAGCAGCCAGGCAGCCCUGAGGCGGCUGCUUCCCUGGUCGAGGGGCUGCAGCAUGACCCUGGGCAGUUGCUUGGCUGGAUCACAGCCCACAUCCUGAAGCGGGAGGUACUCCCUACAGUCCAGAAGACAGAGGAGUCUUUGAGGAGCCCCCAUCCCUCAGGGACAGUGGAGUCCCCUGGAGCAGCCCCUGGGGAGAGUCCACAAGACACCAGGAUAGAGGGUUCCACGCAGCUCAGCUGCAAUGUGAAGGAGGAACCCGAUGCUGAUGGGCAGGAAAUGGCACCCUCCGGUGCCCUCCUUUCAGCCCAGUCCCCCAAGAGGCACCUUGGACACCAGGAACCAGCCCCCAUGUCAUUUCAACCACACAGGAUUCAGGUAAUGAGUAAGGACGUGGCCACCAGUGGGGCAAUGAGCGGGCAGGUGCCUACAGGAAUAGGCCCUGGAUCCCAGGAGGAAUGGGGGCUUUUGGGCCCGUCGCAGAAGGAACUGUACUGGGAUGCGAUGCUGGAGAAGUAUGGCUCUGUGGUGUCCCUGGGGUUGCCGCCCCCACCAGAGGCAGAGCCUGGGACACUAGGUAUGGGGACCAACAGCAGAAGCCGCUGUCCAGGAGUUGAGUGCGAGGGUCCAUCUGGCUGCCCAGAGGCCCAGCGACCCCAGGGGCCAGAGCCUGUCUGGGAGGGCCUGGCCCAGGCAACCCCGCCAGUGGGCCCCAGGACCCAGCCUGCACAUCCCCUGACCACGCCCCUAGAGGCUGGAGAGCCGGGUGCCCCCUCCAGGAAGCCCUACAUGUGCGAACAGUGCGGCCGUGGCUUUGACUGGAAAUCCGUGUUCGUCAUCCACCACCGGACACACGCGGGUGGUCAGAGUGCGCGGGCGCUGGACACUCAGGGCGACGCAGGGAAGUUGCCACAGGGCCCCCGGGAACCAGCCACUUCACGACAACCCCGGCGAUCAUUGGCAGGGCCUCGCAGCUAUGCGUGUGAGGAGUGCGGGCGCAGCUUCAGCUGGAAGUCGCAGCUGGUCAUCCAUCGCAAGAGCCACGCUGGCCAGCGGCGCCACUUUUGCAGUGACUGUGGCCAUGGCUUCGACUGGAAGUCCCAGCUGGUUAUCCAUAGGAAGAGCCAUCGGCCUGAGGCCCUGUGAACCCCUGAACAGAGCAACCCCACCUUAGGGGCUUUACUCAGCACCAGGAACUGCCUCAAUCCAGAAGACUCUGGGGCAGCAGAGAACUCUGGAGUGAACCAGGGUUCCCCAGCCAGUCCUAUGCCCCUGGUCUGGCCUCCCCAAAAAGACCUGGGUGAAGUUUAAAGCAGCUGCUCCCUCCAUUCUUCCCCAUCUUCUGAAAUAAGGCCUGGGUUUAAGUCCUAGGCUAACUAGUAAUUCUGGGGUGAGUGCCAACCCCCAGGCUCCCCACUUGUGACAUGGUGCAGGCCGACCGUACUCCCUACUCCUGUAACCUUGUUGCCCCAGCUGGGGGCUCAACUAUGCCUUUCCACCCCUGCCAGUGGCCAUGCCUGAGGUCUCAGUUUGGAAGGCUGCAGAAAGCUCAGGAAAGCACGGCUGCUUCUGUUUGUCCUGUUUUGUGUGACCCUCGCACCUCCAUGUGUGUUAGGUUUUUAAAUAAAUUCCACUUUUAUAAUGGGGA